AUGUUCGCUGCCGGGCUGUUGCUGGGCUUCGUGCCUGCAGCCCUGACACAAGGCGGCCUUGUGAUCAAUCCCAAGAAUGCGGACGACAACGAAAGUGGAAGUAGCAGUGCUGCAUCCCUGGCCAUUGAUAUCUCCGGCCUUGUGAACAACCGGGCUUUUGCUAUGUCGCCAGGCGAUGCAAACUUCGACGGGAUUCAUUCUGGCUAUCCAGCGCAGUACCUACCCGAAUCCAACUUCACCUACUCCGGCGUCAACUACAUCUUUCCACAGUACAACACCUCCGGCAAUGAUAAUGUUCUCGCUCAGGGUCAGGUCAUCACGCCUCCAAAGGGCCGGUACUUCUCCAUACAUAUGCUUGCAGCAGCAGAAACAGCCAUUGCCACUGGAACCGUCAACGCGACGUACGCGGAUAAAACCACAACCUCUGGUCCAGUUCUGGUCGAUCCCUUCUGGGCGUGGCCGUAUCCAUAUGGAGGAGACAUCAUCUUCCCAUACUAUCUCAGCAACUCCAGUAUCGACUACAACCGCAGCAUGAUCUUCCAGACGAUCAAUUGGCUCGACUCGAGCAAAGAUCUCGUCAGCAUCCAGCUACCGAAUGUUACUGCUGGGGCUAGCAAUGGACCUGGUGGCGCCACGCAGGACACUCGUUUGCAUAUUUUUGCCGUGUCGUUGGUGCCAGCGACAGGAUCUGGCAUCUCGCUGGAAGUCCAGCAUGCUCGAUCCACCAACAUGUGGAUGGAAGGUACAGACAAGACGCAAAUCUUCGAGAUCACGGUGAACAAUGUCGGCGAGGACUGGAUAUUGGCAAAUAACAGCGUCAAGGUCACCGUCUCUGCGUCCGGUGUCAACACUGUCGCACCAGGUAUCAUCAAUCGUUUAAGACCGGGCGAUCAGGCCAUCGUCCAAGUCGGCAUGGUGAACGCAAAUGGUACGGAGCCUGGUACGUCUGGCGAGGCUACUGUACACAUCCAGGGCGCGGGAGUUCAAGCGAGCUCGACAUUCAACGCCACCUUUGGAAUCACAUCGUACGAUCCGACAUAUGAUAGUAUAUAUGCCCACGAGAGCCCGCCUUGGUUCACGAAGGCGAAGUAUGGAAUCUUCAUACAUUGGGGUGUCUUUAGUGUUCCGGGCUGGGGAAAUGUAGGCGACAAAGAGCAAUACGCAGAAUGGUACUGGUGGUACUACAACCAAGGACCCAACGCCACAACAGGAGACUUUUACGAAUACAACCUCGCGACCUACGGCCCCAACCACGAAUACGACCAAUUCAUCCAGAACUUCACCACCUCCGCCUACGAUCCCAAGGAAUGGGUGGAUUUGUUCGCCGACGCAGGAGCUCAAUACUUCGUGCAAGUCACCAAGCACCACGACGGAUACGCCCUCUUCGACAUCCCCGAGAACGUCACCAAGCGGACCAGCGUGGCACAGUAUCCCCACAAGAAUCUCCUGCAGAUGCUCUUCGAUGCCGCGGACACUUAUCAGCCUCAUCUGCAUAAGGCGACUUACUUCUCCCUCCCCGAGUGGUUUCACCCCGACUACAAGAAGUAUGGCUUUGGAGAUUGGCCAGGAGGCAAUGCAACGAACCCCUAUACCAAUCAGACGCUGCCAUACACAGGAUAUGUCCCGGUCGACGACUUCGUGGCCGAUCUCAUCCUGCCUGAGAUGCUCACGCUAGCAGAGAUGGGCACGGAGAUCAUGUGGCAAGCAACACAACUAACACCCUCCCCGUGCGACAUCGGCGGCCCCAACCUAACCGCCCAAUUCGCCGCCCAGUACUUCAACACCAUGGCCACGCAAAACAAACAAGUCCUCCUCAACAACCGCUGCGGCCUCCCCGGCGACUUCGACACGCCCGAAUACGCGCGCUACGAAGCCGUCCAAGUCCGCAAAUGGGAGUCCAACCUCGGCAUGGACCCCUACUCCUACGGCUACAACCGCGCGACGCCCGUGGCCGCGUACCUCAGCCCCCUCGCGAUCGUGCAGAGCCUCGUGGACAUUGUGAGCAAGAAUGGGAAUUUCUUGCUGGAUGUGGGGCCGCGGGCGGAUGGGUCGAUUGUGGAGGUUGAGAAGGACAAUCUUCGCGCGGCGGGAGUUUGGAUCAGGGAUCAUGCGGAGGCGGUUUUUAAUACGACGUAUUGGUUCGUGACGCCCGAGGAGGGGGAGACGGUGCGGUUCACGCAGACUGUGGAGGCGUUUUAUAUCCUCAUUCUCGCGGCGCCGAACGAUUCGCUGGUGUUGGAUUCCCCUGUGCCGUAUGUGGAGGGCGAUCAGGUGCAGGUUGUGGGUGGGAAUGCGAGUGGGACGGUGGUGCCUUCGAGGUUGCUGGGUAAUGGGAGUUUGCAGUUGACUAUUAGCGAGGCGGUGAAGAGUGGGGAUCGGUAUAGCUGGGUUUUCAAGAUCCCUUUUGGGGGCGUUGUUGCUUCGAAUGGGACGUCGAGUAAUGGGACGUAUGUCAAUCCUGGUGGACCUGAGCAGCAGCCUACGAAUGGCGCGAUGAGAGUGGCGGGUCUCGAGGCGAGGAGUAUGAUUGCUCUGGUGGUUGCUUUUGGGGCGGCUUUGGUAUUCUGA